ACCGUCACCACCGCCGUCCACCACCGCCCCCACCCGCGUCCACGAUGCCCGCCCUCGCCAACACAACCCGUGCGAUCGCACGCUCAUGGACCGCCCACCAAAUGCCCAUGGCCCGCGCCGGCUGCUCAGCGCUCCAGACCCGCAACGCCUCGGCCUCCUCGUUUGACAGCCCCUUCAAGGGCUCCGCCGACUCGACUAAGAUCCCGGACUUUAGCGCGUACAGGAACAAGGGCGGCGAGACGGGCACAAAGGUCUUUCAGUACUUCAUGGUUGGCACUAUGGGUGCGCUGUCGGCGCUUGGCGCGAAGGCCACUGUGCAAGACUUCCUCGUCAACAUGUCCGCUUCCGCCGACGUUUUGGCCCAGGCCAAGGUCGAGAUCGAUCUCGCAGCCAUCCCCGAGGGCAAGAACGUCAUCAUCAAGUGGCGAGGCAAGCCCGUCUUCAUCCGACACCGCACCGAGGGCGAGAUCAAGGAGGCAGAGGACACCAAGUGGGAAGCGCUGCGUGACCCCCAGUCCGACUCCGACCGCGUCCAGAAGCCCGAGUGGUUGAUCAUGUUGGGUGUCUGCACCCAUCUCGGCUGUGUGCCCAUCGGCGAGGCCGGCGACUUUGGCGGUUGGUUCUGCCCCUGCCACGGCUCCCACUACGACAUCUCUGGCCGCAUAAGAAAGGGACCCGCGCCGCUCAACCUCGAGAUCCCAUCGUACGACUUCCCCGAGGACGGCAAGGUCGUCAUUGGUUGAACGCGGUGAAUGUACAAGUAGCGCGAGAGUAGUCGAGGGGUUGCGGUUGUGUCAAUAGGAGCAUGCAUACAUUACCAUUUCCUUUUGGUUCUCUUCAUAGAUUCGGCUU